AUGAGUCUAAUGGAUGUCUCAAAGAUCUUCUCUCUGCUUCAGCCCAAGGAAGAGGAUGAGGAGGACAAUGAGCAUGGCCAGGCUCUGAACCAGGCAGUGAGCAGUGAUGACGUGGUGCUGGUAGCUGAGCUGUUGUCCCAGGAGAGCUACAGAAAGUGUAUCAACAGCAGAAGCGGCUGGGGGAUCCCUGUUACCCCCCUACGGACCGCCGCAGCACACGGACACCUGAGGUGUCUGGAAGUGCUGCUGGAGCACGGAGCGGAGGUGGACAGUCUAGAUGUGAAGGCCCAGACCCCUUUGUUUACAGCGGUCAGUGGUAAACACCUGGACUGUGUUGUGGUCUUACUAAAGGCUGGAGCCGACCCCAACGGCAGCCCGUACAACAACUGUUCCCCGGUGCUGACCGCCGCCCGCGAGGGAGACGUGGAGGUCCUCAGGGAGCUGCUUCAGUUGGGAGCCGAGGUCGACGUCUGGCCAAAAGUCCCUGAGUGGGCCUCCAACGCCACAGCCUGCAGGGGACCCCUGUACAUAUCCGCUGUAUAUGGACACCUGGACUGUUUUAAGCUGCUACUGCUCCACGGGGCUAAUCCUAACUAUAACUGUAAGUCAGAGAAGAUGCUGGCCAGGAUCAAGGAGCCCAAGACGGUGUUGGAGAUGUGUCUGAGGUAUGACUGUGGAGUGGAAUACAUACAGCUGCUUAUAGACUUUGGGGCAGACGUGUAUCUGCCCACGUUGAUUACUGACAAGACCACCAAGCAGAACGAAGCAGUGGUGCUGCUGCUCAAGGAGAGAGUUUGUCCCAAUACUCUGAUGUCACAGACACGGCGUGCGAUUCGGAGUUACCUCCCCGUGGUUAAUAAAAUGACAUCCAUAGACCGCUUGGACAUUCCCCAGAUACUGAGGAACUACCUGAAACAUCUCACCUGA